CGAAGAGCACAGGUUGCAGCCGUGUUUCCUGAAAUGGAUUUCUCUUGAUAAAGCAAAGUUUCACAGGAUUUGUAACCAAAGAUACAGGGCCGAGAGUUCAUCUGAAAUAAAGAGAAGAUGAUUUUUAUCCACGUAGUGAUCUUCUGGUUCUUUUUGAAGUCCAGCACCUGCCAGCGCCGCUAUGUAGCAGAAACUCUUGAUGGGUUUUCAAUAAAUGUGACUGAACACAUUACAGCGACUUCGGGGGAGUGCUUGACGAUCCCGUACGCACUGACCUUUCCAGCAGGCACGGUUACCAUCCCCUACAAAAAAUAUUGGUUUAAGGGAGAUCCAUCCACAACUAUAAGUGAAACAGUUGUCAGUGUGGCAAAGUCUGCGUUAGAAGACUCUCUUGUUAUUGACGGUCUGCCACAAGGAGAGUAUGAGUAUGGCCUCCAAUUGAAAUGGGGACUGAAUCAGACACAUAUUUUCCCCAAGAGGGUUCGCAUCACAGUGUCUGCAUCAGCCGACAAACCUUCUGUGCAGCUGAAAGUCAUAAACAGGGGGAAAAUUGCAGAAUUAACUUGUCUUACCCCUGACUUGUGCACUUCGACACCUCAAAUCCACUGGAGAUGGACAAAAGCUGAUGGGACGACUACAAACCUGUAUGGCCGUUAUGAUUUCUCAAAUUAUGCACGGCGCAGUAAAAACAUAUUAUUCAUCUCUCCUACUGCUGAUCAUUACAACACCAACAUCACAUGUGUGGUAAAACAUAUUUACGGUGUUGCUGAGACAACUGUCACCAUGACUCUGAAAUUUCCUCCUAAAAUCCUGCCUGGUUCCCAGUGCAUUUUUAAAGGGAAGCUGCUGAUCUGUGAGUGCAUCAGUCGGGGGAAUCCUCUGCCACCGAUCACCUGGCCUUUGGCUCCACUCACAGAUUACUCAGUCACCAGCUCUAGCAGCAACCACACGGUGAACAGCAUCAUCACGGUGCCUGCUGCUGACUACCACAACAACACUGUCACAUGUGUCAGCAGCAACGAACUGGGCCGGGAUGAGAUUGAAAUUCCUCUUCAGAACGACACAGAGAACUCAAGGCAGAACACAGUUAGCACCAAUGGGAUGAAAACGGGUCUGUUGCCGUCGGCUCUUGGAUAAUUGCUGGUCUAUCUAUAAGUCUCAACCUGGUCCUUCUUGCCACCUUCAUCAUCUACAUUUACAAAGGGAGAAAAUGUCAACAGAAGAAACCUUGUGAAGAAAAUAACACCUACGCUUCCCUGAAUCUAGCCGAUGUCGGGGAACAUUUGACACGGUAAGCUGAAACGAUCCCUUGCUGAUAAGGAGUUUGCUGUCAAGCCUUAACACUGACGACCCUGACAUCGAUGGAAGCAACAGCAGGGACAGAAGACUGCCAAAAAAAGAUGAUUUUUAUCUACGUGAUUCUUUGCCUUCAUGUGAUGGUCAGCCACUGCCAGCCUCAGUGUGCCAAAGACACUCCUGACGAUAAGGAUUUUUCACUAAAUGUGACUGAACAUGUUGCUGUGGAGUCUGGGGAAUGUAUAAGGAUCCCUUAUGAACUGACCUUUCUAACAAGCAAAAUUACAGCCCCCUAUACAAAGACAUGGUUUAGGCAAGAUAAUUCAAAUACUUUAUAUAAGGCAUUUGUCAGCGAGGUGAAGUCUGAGUCAGAAGCCUCUUUCACGAUACGGGGUCUACCACGUGGAGAGUACGAGUAUGGCUUCAAACUGGAAUGGGGAUGUAAUCAGACAUAUGUUUUCCCCAAGAAGGUUCACAUCUCAGUCUCUGCAUCAACCCAAAAACCUACUGUUCGGGUUCCUCCCAUGGAGGAGGGAAACAUUAUCGGAUUAAGAUGUCAUCCUCCUCGUUUCUGCUCUGAGAUAACAGAUAUCUAUUGGAAAUGGACACAGGCUGAUGGACAAUCUGAAGUUCUUGACACGAACAUUUUCCAUCAUGAUUAUGGUUAUUAUCCCUCAUGGAGACGUGAUCACGAUUAUUAUCGCUCACGGAAACAUUUUCGUCUCUUAAGUCGCCAUGAAAACCUAUUACGCUUCCUUCCUACCGCAUAUCAUCACAACACCAACAUCACAUGUGUGGUGGAAUAUGAUGAUGGCGCUGUUGAGACAACUGUCACCAUGACUGUGAAAUUUCCUCCUAAAAUCCUGCCUGGUUCCCAGUGCAUUUUUAAAGGGAAGCUGCUGGUCUGUGAGUGCAUCAGUCGGGGGAAUCCUCUGCCACCGAUCACCUGGCCUUUGGCUCCACUCACAGAUUACUCAGUCACCAGCUCUAGCAGCAACCACACGGUCAACAGCAUCAUCACGGUGCCUGCUGCUGACUACCACAACAACACUGUCACAUGUGUCAGCAGCAACGAACUGGGCUGGGAUGAGAUUGAAAUUCCUCUUCAGAACGACACAGAGAACUCAAGGCAGAACACAGUUAGCACCAAUGGGAUGAAAGACGGGUCUGUUGCCGUCGGCUCUUGGAUAAUUGCUGGUCUAUCUAUAAGUCUCAACCUGGUCCUUCUUGCCACCUUCAUCAUCUACAUUUACAAAGGGAGAAAAUGUCAACAGAAGAAACCUCGUGAAGAAAAUAACACCUACGCUUCCCUGAAUCUAGCUGAUGUCGGGGAACAUUUGACACGGUAAGCUGAAACGAUCCCUUGCUGAUAAGGAGUUUGCUGUCAAGCCUUAACACUGACGACCCUGACAUCGAUGGAAACAACAUCAGGGACAGAAGACUGCCAAAAAAAGAUGAUUUUUAUCUACGUGAUUCUUUGCCUUCAUGUGAUGGUCAGCCACUGCCAGCCUCAGUGUGCCAAAGAAACUCCUGACGAUAAGGAUUUUUCACUAAAUGUGACUGAACAUGUUGCUGUGGAGUCUGGGGAAUGUAUAAGGAUCUCUUAUGAACUGACCUUUCUAACAAGCAAAGUUUCAGCCCCCUAUACAAAGACAUGGUUUAGGCAAGAUAAUUCAAAUACUUUAUAUAAGGCAUUUGUCAGCGAGGUGAAGUCUGAGUCAGAAGCCUCUUUCACGAUACGGGGUCUACCACGUGGAGAGUACGAGUAUGGCUUCAAACUGGAAUGGGGAUGUAAUCAGACAUAUGUUUUCCCCAAGAAGGUUCACAUCUCAGUCUCUGCAUCAACCCAAAAACCUACUGUUCGGGUUCCUCCCAUGAAGGAGGGAGACGUUAUCGGAUUAAAAUGUCGUCCUCCUCAUUUCUGCUCUAAAAUAACAAAUGUCUAUUGGAAAUGGACACAGACUGAUGGACAAUCUGAAGUUCUUCAAAGGGACUUUUAUACCACUUCUCAUCAUGAUUAUGAUCAUUAUUACUCAAGAAGACCCUUUCAUCCCUUAAGUCGCCGUGAAAACCUAUUACGCUUCCUUCCUACCGCAUAUCAUCACAACACCAACAUCACAUGUGUGGUGGAAUAUGAUGAUGGCGCUGUUGAGACAACUGUCACCAUGACUGUGAAAUUUCCUCCUAAAAUCCUGCCUGGUUCCCAGUGCAUUUUUAAAGGGAAGCUGCUGGUCUGUGAGUGCAUCAGUCGGGGGAAUCCUCUGCCACCGAUCACCUGGCCUUUGGCUCCACUCACAGAUUACUCAGUCACCAGCUCUAGCAGCAACCACACUGUGAACAGCAUCAUCACGGUGCCUGCUGCUGACUACCACAACAACACUGUCACAUGUGUCAGCAGCAACGAACUGGGCCGGGAUGAGAUUGAAAUUCCUCUUCAGAGCGACACAGAGAACUCAAGGCAGAACACAGUUAGCACCAAUGGGAUGAAAGACGGGUCUGUUGCCGUCGGCUCUUGGAUAAUUGCUGGUCUAUCUAUGAGUCUCAACCUGGUCCUUCUUGCCACCUUCAUCAUCUAUAUUUACAAAGGGAGAAAAUGUCAACAGAAGAAACCUUGUGAAGAAAAUAACACCUACGCUUCCCUGAAUCUAGCCGAUGUCGGGGAACAGUACGGUGUUAUUUCUCAUAGAGUUUGCUGUCAAGCCUUAACACUGACGACCCUGACAUCGAUGGAAGCAACAGCAGGGACAGAAGACUGCCAAAAAAAGAUGAUUUUUAUCUACGUGAUUCUUUGCCUUCAUGUGAUGGUCAGCCACUGCCAGCCUCAGUGUGCCAAAGACACUCCUGACGAUAAGGAUUUUUCACUAAAUGUGACUGAACAUGUUGCUGUGGAGUCUGGGGAAUGUAUAAGGAUCCCUUAUGAACUGACCUUUCUAACAAGCAAAAUUACAGCCCCCUAUACAAAGACAUGGUUUAGGCAAGAUAAUUCAAAUACUUUAUAUAAGGCAUUUGUCAGCAAGGUGAAGUCUGAGUCAGAAGCCUCUUUCACGAUACGGGGUCUACCACGUGGAGAGUACGAGUAUGGCUUCAAACUGGAAUGGGGAUGUAAUCAGACAUAUGUUUUCCCCAAGAAGGUUCACAUCUCAGUCUCUGCAUCAACCCAAAAACCUACUGUUCGGGUUCCUCCCAUGGAGGAGGGAAACAUUAUCGGAUUAAGAUGUCAUCCUCCUCGUUUCUGCUCUGAGAUAACAGAUAUCUAUUGGAAAUGGACACAGGCUGAUGGACAAUCUGAAGUUCUUGACACGAACAUUUUCCAUCAUGAUUAUGGUUAUUAUCCCUCAUGGAGACGUUAUCACGAUUAUUAUCGCUCACGGAAACAUUUUCGUCUCUCUCGCCGUGAAAACCUAUUACGUUUCCUUCCUACCGCAUAUCAUCACAACACCAACAUCACAUGUGUGGUGGAAUAUGAUGAUGGCGCUGUUGAGACAACCGUCACCAUGACUGUGAAAUUUCCUCCUAAAAUCCUGCCUGGUUCCCAGUGCAUUUUUAAAGGGAAGCUGCUGGUCUGUGAGUGCAUCAGUCGGGGGAAUCCUCUGCCACCAAUCACCUGGCCUUUGGCUCCACUCACAGAUUACUCAGUCACCAGCUCUAGCAGCAACCACACGGUCAACAGCAUCACCACGGUGCCUGCUGCUGACUACCACAACAACACUGUCACAUGUGUCAGCAGCAACGAACUGGGCCGGGCUGAGAUUGAAAUUCCUCUUCAGAACGACACAGAGAACUCAAGGCAGAACACAGUUAGCAACGAACUGGGCCGGGCUGAGAUUGAAAUUCCUCUUCAGAACGACACAGAAAACUCAAGGCAGAACAAUUCUUCAGACGGGAAGCAAAAUUUGAAUGGACUCCUUCCCUGGAUAAUAAUGGCUCUGAGUUUAAUUCUGAACCUGGUCCUCCUCACCUGCCUGAUCACCUACAUUCGCAAAAAGUAA